GUUCAACCAUCCAUGUUGAUGUUAAUUGAAUAGGAUGUGUGAGACCAUCACCCCUCCUGCCAUUGGUGCAGCUCUGGUCCCAACGUUUUGUUGCAGUUGAAACAGCCUGUGACGGACUGAGUGAUCUGACACUGGACUGGCAAUAAAGGUCCCAGCAAAUUUUGCCGGAGGAGCUGCUCUGUUGGGAUCACCACACCAGUCAGACCCUCAGGACCCCGGCACUUGUGAUAGGUACCAAUCCCCCAAAGCUGCACAACCAGCCACACAAAGCCAUGAUAAUAUGUGACCUGUCAAACUUGUAUAAUCCUCAGCUAACCUACCUCGUACUGCUGUGAUCAUCCUAUCAACAGCAACAACAGCAUCUAUACAUGCUUUUGUUUAGCGUCAAAAUAUUUUUUCUUGUCCAUCGCUGGUAAUAUAGAGUAAAAAUCUAUAUGAAUCAGGAGUUAUGUAAUCAAAGGAUGAUUGGAUUAGAACAAGCCCAUCACUCCUGCAGUCGCUUACUUCUCUGCGUUGCAUUAUUAAGUUUUUUAUUCAAGUCAAGCUCUUGUGUUUGACGGCUUACUUUUUUUUUCAACACAAUAACCAGGCACAUAGUCAGAAAUCUCCUCCUCUUGAUGCUUUUCGCUCGUUCUCUCACUCACUCCCACCAGAGCGCACACACACACACACACACACACACACACACUCAGCAACUCUAACAGCGAUCACAACAGAUGCACAGACGAGGCAGAGGGAAGACACUCAGCAGGAUGAAGCAACAAGACAACGCUCAGACUGGAAACAUGGUCAAGUUUGUCCAAGAACAAUCUGGCAGAUUAAAUGCAGAUUAGCAGUCAUUUUCGAACAACAAAGAAGAAAAACUUCCUCCUGUACCUAUUUCACAAGGAUGUCCUCAGAGAAAAGAUUCUAUUUGCUCCAAAUCUGAGGUCCCUGCAUCCUGAGAUGCUGAUCAAUCCAGGAAAGGUCCAGUCUUAACUACUGCUUCCCAGUCCAUCAUUAGAACUUUAAUGGUUGGAAGUGCACGUCCCAGCCUGCAUUACUGCCUCUGCAGACAUAGCCUGAUGAUCACCAUUGCCAUGGGAGCGGUGAGAGUCAACAGAUACAGUAUUGUUUCGACCGAUGAAGAUGUCCUGAAGAUCUCAGCCCUGGGCCUGAACAAUGGCCACAGUCCUCUGCACCAGCAGACUCUGAUGGACGCCUGCAUCCGUGGUGAUGAAGAAGGAGAGUAUUCAGAGAGCGACGAAGGCCGGGGGGCAUUAUCUUUGAGGCUGCCCAACGAACCUAUCACCCAGAACAGCUGCCGAUCUUCACCCCUGUGCCGACUCGGCCUGGAUCUGGACACCGGUCACCUCCGAAGUCGCUUUGUGAAGAAGAAUGGCCAGUGUAACGUGGUGUUUAACAAUAUGGAGGACAAACAGAAGAGAUACCUAGCAGAUAUUUUCACCACCUGUGUGGACAUACGUUGGCGAUACUUGCUGCUCAUCUUCACCAGUACCUUCCUUCUGUCCUGGCUGAUGUUCGGGUUCAUCUUUUGGGGAGUGGCUCUAGCUCAUGGAGACUUUGACCCUCAUGAUCCUGUGAAGAAAGGUGAACCACAGAGCUCCGCGGAGGCAGCAGGGGAUGAAUGGCGGCCCUGCGUCCUCCACAUGCAAGGCUUCCUCGGUGCUUUCCUGUUUUCGAUUGAGACCCAAACCACAAUUGGGUAUGGCUUUCGUUGUGUCACUGAGGAGUGCCCCAUUGCUGUGGUGACUGUGGUGGUCCAGUCCAUCAUGGGCUGUAUAAUCGACUCCUUCAUGAUCGGCACUAUCAUGGCAAAGAUGGUGCGGCCAAAGAAGCGGGCUCAGACAUUGCUGUUCUCACACAACGCUGUCAUCGCGCUGCGCGACGGUAAGCUCUGCCUCAUGUGGCGUUUGGGAAACAUGCGCAAAAGUCACAUCGUGGAGGCGCACGUACGUGCUCAGCUCAUCAAGCCACAUGUGACCUCCGAGGGCGAGUACCUUCCUCUGGAGCAGACGGACAUUGAUGUGGGUUACGAUGAUGGUCUGGACCGGCUAUUUCUUGUUUCGCCGCUGGUGGUGGUUCACGAGAUCAACAAGAACAGUCCGCUGUACAACCUGAGCCGGGCUGAUCUCCAGAAGGAGGACUUUGAGAUUGUUGUUAUUCUGGAGGGGAUGGUGGAGGCCACAGCGAUGACCACUCAGGCCCGUAGUUCCUACAUGGCUAAAGAGAUCUUAUGGGGUCAUCGUUUCGAGCCGCUGGUUUUCGAGAAAGGCAAAUGCUACCAUGUGGACUACUCCCGCUUCCAUAAGACCUAUGAAGUGCCCUCCACCCCUCACUGCAGUGCCCGAGAACUGAGUCAGACGACAGUUUGUGAGGGUCAGUCAUCAUCUUCAUCUAGUUGCUCCCAGUCCCCCUCACCUUAUCGCCCAAGAAAGUCCUGCCACUCGCUGAGUGGUCAGUCGCCCAGCGCUUUCUGCUACGAAAAUGAGGUGGCUCUUUGCUGCGGCGAUGACGAAGACGACCCAAAGAGGGAGGCGGGGAGAACUGAGAAGGAGGCAAAGAUCAGAACCGACAAUCACGUGGGGUUCAAGAAGACAUUAGAGGAAGAACAAAUGGGGGAGAUGUUGUGCGUUCUGCACUCAGAGAACCAGAUCGGUGCGGACACGCUCCAACCCUCGCUUCCGUUAUACAUCAGCCGAGAGUCAGGAGUGUGAAGACAAUCGAUGGCUAAUGGAGGCACUUUGGUUUGUGUGCAGCCAACCAACAAACAAAGAUGUGCUCAAAGGCCACCGUCUGAACUGCAAGUGUAAAAAAAAAUAUAUAUAUAUAUAUAUUUUGCAGAAGCGUUUGUUUUGACAUCUUAUGUUGGACACCAAACUUCCCAGACGUUUAAAGGAAAUAUUUUUGGAGCGGUAAAAAAUCAACAAAGAAUUGUCCUACCAGACUCCAAGACAUGUGAUGGUGUGUCUGUUGGUGUCCUUUACAGCAGACAGGUGACUUGUCCAGCUGCUCGACAUAUGAUUCAUGUCGCAAUAUGGCGACUCAUCAAUACCUACUUUUGAAUUUGAACCUGUACUCCUUAUUUUCCUGUCAUAUCUCAAGAUAUGUGGACUGGGUGCCGUGAUAUCUUGUACACAAACAAGUUACAGUCAUGUUAACGUAACAUAGCCAAAGAAUAGCAACCCUACUGCUGUACUACCUGAAGCCAGGAUGAGCAUGACACGGGAGGAUGAGGCUUGGGUGGAGUGGGUGAGAAGUGCCAGGAGAAGUUGACUUUGGGUUGUUAUUAUUAGCACGGCUACUUGUUAGCUCUUGAUGUUCUAUGAUUGCUAUUUAUUCCAUUUUACCUGCAGUCGUUCUCUCCUGCUUUCUGACGACUACCAGAUUAAACCGCUUCACCUUCACCUAACUUCGGGGAAGAAUCAGCCCCUUUGUCAUAUGUAUAAAAAAAUAUGUAUUUCUGAUCAGACAUUAAAUUUUGACAUCCAAACAUUUAUGUCCUCGUCAUUGAUUUUGAUUAUUCAGAACUCAAAACUCAAAUGAAACCAGAAAUGUCAUUUUCAGUUUUACAGAGCACCAAUAUGCACUUCCAUUUGCAGUCACAUGGGUCCUCGCUGGUGCUCGGUGGUAAAGUCUUGUUUCCCAGCUCCUGUUCCUGGUUUGUUCAGCAGUUCAUGUGGUUCUAUAUCUACUAUUUCUGCAUCGAAUCGUGCAACUUGUCACGCUCCCCUCACCUCACACUGACGUGUCAUUGCAGGUGCAGAGAAAAACUACCUUACCGCAGCAAUAAAACGUGACAAAUGAAAGAAAUGUGAUGUAUUUAAUAGGAAGU